ACCUUUGCGACGCGGUUCUCUUUUCGAAUUCGCACGCUCGAUUUUCCUCGAUGGUCCGCCACCGUCACUGCUGUGCGAUUAAUCACGCAAUCAUUGUGUGCUGCCGAUGUGCGUCGGCAGUUCACCUUGGAUCAGCGAUCCACAAGGAUCUGAAAAUGCGCGCGUAAAGUACAGCCACCUCGCAAGCAGGUUCGCGGUGUCCAAGGAUGAUUCAUUUUCGACGAUGUUCAUAAACUAAGAGAGAAAAGACAACGCGGCCAAGUUUCGCGGGUCGCGCGAUCCUUUUCGGGACGAGUUUCGAACUGUCGCCACCGACGAGGGAUCAUUUUUCACGCGUAGACAAAAGCAGCGUUCUGUGGUCUGCCAGUGACGCGGGAAUGGGUUUGACAGACACGAGUUUCGAGGUACUUUUGACUUUGUGGUGGGUUCUCGUCGUGGGAGUUGUGUGGACCGAAGGGGUCCGCGGUCAGUGUCGCGGUGUCUUGCCGAGUCGCAGCAUCGACGGUCUCACACGUUAAUUGUUCCGGACUUGUUUCUUCGGAAAGCGAGACAUGUCGUCGAGGGUGGUGAAGAAUCCUCCGAAGCUGGACAUCGGCGUCGAUGGCAGGGAGACCUGGUCUGGCAAAGUCGACUUCCUCUUGUCUGUCAUCGGAUUCGCUGUUGACCUCGCCAAUGUGUGGAGAUUUCCUUAUCUGUGCUACAAAAACGGCGGUGGUGCCUUUCUGGUCCCGUACUGCAUAAUGCUGGUGGUAGGUGGAAUUCCUCUCUUUUAUAUGGAGCUCGCCCUAGGCCAGUUCAAUAGAAAGGGUGCGAUCACCUGCUGGGGUCGUAUAGUGCCACUUCUAAAGGGAAUCGGAUACGCCGUGGCUCUGAUCGCAUUCUACGUCGACUUUUACUACAACGUGAUCAUUGCGUGGGCGUUGAGAUAUUUCUUCGCUUCGUUCUCCAGCCUCUUACCAUGGACCACCUGCGACAAUCCGUGGAACACACCGCAUUGUCGUGCAUUCGAUGCAAAUGUUUCUUACACGUUCGACGAUACAUCUCCUGUCGAAUCGUUCGAUCAGAGGGACUCGAGCAACUCGUCCUCCAUUGAAGAUUACUUGGACAGGACCUCGAAUCAAGGAUACAAUAAUACGUGGUACACGAGUGCCGCGCAGGAAUAUUUCCAUCGGGCCAUUUUGGAACUUCACGAGAGUGAAGGCUUGCACGAUCUUGGGGCAAUUAAGUGGGACAUAGCGUUGUGCUUGCUGGUGGUCUACAUCAUCUGUUACUUCUCUUUGUGGAAGGGCAUUUCUACCUCUGGCAAGGUAGUUUGGUUCACAGCUUUGUUUCCUUAUGCUGUUCUACUAAUUUUACUUAUACGAGGCGUUACGCUGCCAGGAAGUCUAGAAGGCAUUCGAUACUACCUGAACCCGAACUUUUCAGCCAUCACGAAAGCGGAGGUGUGGGUAGACGCUGCAACACAGGUGUUCUUCUCCCUCGGGCCGGGCUUUGGGGUGCUGCUGGCUUAUGCGAGUUAUAAUAAAUAUCACAACAACGUUUACAAGGACGCGUUACUAACCAGUCUAAUCAACAGCGCAACAUCAUUCAUUGCUGGAUUCGUGAUCUUCUCUGUGCUAGGAUAUAUGGCUCGUGCAAGCGGAAAGUCCAUUCAGGAUGUAGCAACCGAAGGUCCUGGUCUAGUCUUUAUCGUAUAUCCUGCUGCUAUAGCUACAAUGCCAGGGUCCAUGUUUUGGGCACUCAUCUUCUUUAUGAUGCUGCUCACUCUUGGAUUAGACAGCUCGUUUGGAGGUUCUGAAGCCAUAAUAACAGCCCUCAGCGACGAGUUUCCUAUUAUCGGGAACAAUCGUGAAAUUUUCGUCGCUUUCCUUUUCACAUUGUACUUCCUCGUUGGAUUAGCGUCGUGUUCCCAGGGCGGGUUUUACUUUUUCCACCUGUUGGAUCGUUACGCGGCGGGUUACUCAAUGUUAUUCGCAGUUUUGGCGGAAGCCAUCGCCAUCAGCUGGAUUUAUGGAGCUGACAGAUUUUGCGCGGAUAUCAAAGACAUGAUCGGGUUUUCACCUGGAAUAUAUUGGCGCGUCUGCUGGAAAUUCGUCGCCCCGAUAUUUCUCAUGUUUAUUAUCGUUUACGGUUUAAUGGGCUACGAACCGCUGACUUACGAGGAUUACGUCUACCCAGUCUGGGCAAACGUGCUGGGUUGGUUAAUCGCGACUUCCUCAAUUGCCAUGAUACCCGGCAUCGCAAUUUACAAGAUCAUCGUCACGCCCGGCAGCUUCAUCCAGAGAUUAAGAAUCCUCACCACUCCCUGGAGGGACACGCAGCAGAAGAACGCGGAUUUAGCCUCGGUGGCAAACGGCGCGGUCCGUCGCAGCUUCAUCGCGGACCAGGACUUAAACCUGUCUAACGAACAGCAGGAAUUAACCAAGGAACAAACGGAGGUGAUGAUCCAAUCCAGAGAAGGUAUUAACGGGGAUCCACCUCCGGAGCCGGUCUAGGACAGUGCGGUUGUGAUUUUGCACGGUGCACGGUUCCAAGUUUACCUUUGCUAAUGUUCCAUCGUUGGGGCUUAUAUUUUCACCGAAUCUCUUUGCCUUGAGCCGCAAGGACCUCGAACGCACUCACUUAGACUUUGCGAUGCGCACCUUUACGACGAUUCUUUACUCCCUGAACGGCGAGGAUUCACGACGAGGCCUCUUGCGCAGUGAACUCGUUCAACAGUGAGGAAGAAACCACUUCUCGACGCAUCACAAUUGAUUUAUUAACGACAAAUUGCCUGACAAACCAUUGUAGCUUCUUCUUUCCGUGGACCAGAACAGACUCAGGUUUCUGUAACAAGUUACUAGUCAGAUACUUCAAGUUUUCACAGCUUGGCUCUUCGUGGUUGAUAUUAACAAAGGCUUCUGGGCGCAGCUGUGUCCUUUUGGGAUGGAUACUAUGAUGUUUUGGUUGUAUCGCAGGUAGAUUCUUCGGGAUUCGAAUGCCGCAACGGUAUCGAUCAGUGGACUACAGAUUUUUAUGUAUUUAGAGAAAAUUUUAAUGUGCAAGAAACUACAUAAUGCACGCAAUAUGCAAUAAUAUACGAAAACAUUGAGAGUGAAGUGCAUAGUAUAAUAUUUGUAAAGUAAAAUGAAUUUCUGUUUGGGUCCAAUUUUUGAAGGAACCUUGCAAAGAUUUUAUUUUGCAUAAAGAUCCGCUGUUUAUCGAUAAUUUAUAGGUGGCAUAUGUAUUUAUCGUACCAUUUUCCUUUUAAAAUAUUUAAAAAACGAUAGAUUCGUAAAUUUUAUUAGCAUGUUCGUUACAUUUAUUUUUGCCUCUUAAGUUUGAAACAUUCAGCACCAUCAACUAAAUAUCUGUUUGUCAGAUUCUGAACUUGAAAAGUUACAAAUUACGUUUUAAAGUCUAAUCGAUUAUCUUAUUAUUAUUGAAAAAGAUUGAUUAAAUAUAUUCUUCACUUAAUGCUGACGAAAUGUCAGAAUAUCUCACCCAAAAGAGAAUUAUGUCUUUCUAUAUUCUUACAAAAACUAAAGAGACGAAUUUAGUAACUAGCAAUAAUAUAAUAUUAUGACGAAUAUUGACAUAGUAGCGAUAAUGUGCUGACAUUUUUAAAUAAAAAAUUCAGUCGAUAAGUUUGUUUCUUUAAUGAAAGUACACGUUAGGAUAUGGAACUACAUAAUUCCAUUUUAAACAAAAUUUUAAGCGCCCAGAAAGCCUAAAACCAAAUACAACCAUAUCUCAAAUGUUUUCAAAUAAUAUCUUCAAUUUCUGUUCACAAGCACCUCAAAAUCAUCGCGUUCUUCAAAUGAAAUCACAUACAUAAUUUUACUGUGCGCUCUCGUACGAGACAAAUAGGAAUUAAAUUAUCGAAAUAGAACAUUUUUUCAAUCAUGAUAUCUUUAGGUGUAGUUGAAGCAACGCUCCUUCAUCAUCCUGGUGACUAAGAUUUCGAUUAAAAUAGCGUUGCAUCAGCUGAAAUUGCAUAAGAGGAUUACUUUCUUUUUUUAAGUCAAUAAUAAUCGAUGCUUAUUUCGAAUUUUCUCAUUUUUAAAAUCACGAGAUUUUCUUUAGAAAUUUGCCUAGAGUGUUCAAGAGGUCCAACCUGUAAAUAUUACAGGCAUUAUUUAAUAACAUUUUUCUAAACGAACACAGUAUAUAUUACACCUUUUCUUCUAAACGUUUUUCUAAUAUUUUGCCUGUCUAUGGUAACCAUCCUAUUCUAUGCUAAAGGAGAUAUUAAUUUAAAAAAAAAAAAAAAGACAGUUAUUUUUCUCCCAAUUAAAUACGUCUAACUGAAAAUAAAAGAAAAAUCAUCUCAAACCUUUACUGUAGCGUACAAAACGCCAUAAAAAAUGUCGUAGAUAAAUACAGUUAGCGUAAUAAGUAUUCGUACAGGAACCAUUUAUUUUAAAUUGGUUGCUGUACGAAUACUUAUUACGCUAACUGUAUAAAAAAAGAAAGGAUGAUUAAAGAAUAGUUUUCGUACCCUUCCAAAAGUAUUAUUUACAAACUGGAUAUCGGUUCAUAGAAUUCUCUCUGUACUUAAAACAAAAAUAAGAAAUUAUCAAAAGCUUUGAUUUGAAUUUCAACAAAUUUACUUGAAUUUCUUGUAGAAACGUGUAACUAACCCUUUGAGAAUAGGAUACUUGUAGGGAAGUGUUCGUAAAGUAGACUUUACGUGUAUAGCUCUUCUGUAAAAUAGUGAUAGCAUUUUCCAAAACUCGUAUGCCUUUUUCCUAGAAGCAUAACGAAAACGAACCUUUCGUUACCUAUAUUUUAUUUUGAAACGAUAUUAUCUGAAACACAUACGAUUAGCAAAUGAUGUCAAAAUGAUAUCUUUACGUGAAUGUUGACAGAAAUUGAAUUAAACUGCAUUAAAUAAAAAAAAGAAAAAAAAAAGAAAUAGACCUGGUAAAAUGUGUUUUUGGGGCAUAAACUGAAAUAAACGUACAAAUUUGGAGACUGUGUCAUCAACGUGCGAACGAAAAAUAUACGAAACAAAGCAGUUUGUUUUUAAUCGCCGCGAAGGAUUAAACAAUAAUUUUCUUAUCGCUAAGGUUGCAUAUCGUUGACAGUAUUAUCAUGUCCAAUUGUUUCCCGUUUCAUUGCUCGACCACUCUUACAUAGUCUGGCUUCGAUCAGACGUACAUGCUGUGUAGACUAUACGCAAAUUGUAACCACCGUUCAGGUGUAAUAAUGUUACAUUACAAUUGUAUUAACGUUCAAAUGUUAUCGAAAUAACGAAGCCUAUCAUCGAAAAGCAUUUACGCUUUGUCGAUUUAAUAUUUAGAAUAGAACAGUCCUUGGACAGACAAUACGAUGGAAAAGUAAGAAUCGCAGAAGAAAUGAAACUUA